AUGUCGCGGCCGGACCUGCUCCAGCCGCCGGCGUUGCACGUCGUCGGUCCAACGCCCUCGCCGACGCCCUCGCCACGUGCAUCGCCGGUUCCAGGUUACCACCCGUCGCCGUCGGGCGGUAGCGCGGUCCGCAGCGCUGCGAGCAGCCGUCGCUCCACGGUGUCGUCGCAGGUCCCGCUGCUGGCCGACGACUGCCUCAAGCCGCCCGCCAGCUCGCCGUACCAGAACAGCAGCGCGUCGCCCGUCUCGCCGUCAUGGACGUACGGCGCCUCCGCGGGGGCCUCUCCGGUGUCCUUCAUCCAGCUGACCCCCGAUCCGUGCCCGAGCCUGUGCCUGCCCGGCAUCUCCGUCGUCGACGACUCCAGCAGCAGCUUCUCUGGUCAUGAGCUGGCGGCCUCGAACUCGUUCCCGUCCUACGCCGACGCCCAGCCCGACAAGUGCGACAGCUUCGGCUUCACCCCCUCCGGAUACUGCGACUUGCCGCCACAAGAUGUCGUGUGGAACGCGGGCCUGUGGUUUCCCGGCGCGGAAUGCUCGUCCGAGCCGGACGUCAUGAAGCCGCUCCGAGUCGAACGCCCUGUGCGCAUGCGUUCCGUACAGCGGCACUUCAAGGCGUUCAGCAGCCCCAGCAUAGACACGCCCUCGUCCGCCGGGUCGACCAUGUCGUCUGUUGAAACGGAACACAGUGCCACCGUCACGUCAAUAAGGGAGAUGUCGCGCUGCGCCAGCCCGCUCUCGAUAGACGAUAAGAAGACGGCGGUCCCGGAUGAUGCCCUUGUCUGCUUGGGUCCGCAAUGCCUAAAGUCCUUUGCGUCUCAAGACGAUCUCACGGAGCAUGUCCAGGAGAACCACGCCCACGAUUGCUACUGGCAAGGGUGCCGUAAUCCCAGUCAUGUCUCUCGCGAUGCACUGGCGUGGCACGUCAAGGAGCAGCAUCUGCUCGUCUGUCCAGUGCCAGGUUGCAUGGAGACCGACUUUGCCGACAUUCGCAUGGUGCGAUCACACAUUGUCGUGGCGCAUCCGCGCUCCAGCAAGGACGACAUCAAAGACUGGCAACUCCCAAAGCCGAAGGCCGCCGAAGUCAUGGUCCGCUCUUCGUCGAAUGAAAGCAACAAGUCGUCCACGAUGCCACCCCCCGAUCCGAAAGAGGCGGCCGUCGAGCAGGAAAUGCUGGCCGUCGCCCUCGCGAAGCGAAAAUGCCACGAACAGCUCCGCAACAUUGUCGAGAAAAAGGUCAAGAGGAGUAACGUGGGGACGCCUCGGAACGCCGACUCUCCAACAGAUCUGGUCCGCGCCCGAGCAUCCAGGAUCAUUGACAAUGCAUCUUUCCCGCUCGUCUUUGAACACGCAGUCCUGCCGUUCCUGGCCGAGUUUCUGCCCAAAUGGACCAACCCGCGGCACGUUGUUAGUGUGGCAAGAGGCCGGACGCCACAGACGAGGCGCCUAUGCAUCAUGACGCCUACCAAGAUCUCCCGCGCUCGCAAGAUCAUCAUCGCGGGCCACGUCGUCGACCUGCUGCCCGAAAGGUUCAAAUGGAGCGUGUCCUUUGUCUUCACCGUCGGCGAGAUUGUCCGCUCCAGGAGGUGGCCGAGAGGCCUCGGAGCGGGUCACAAAGACGAAGUGUGCGCGCCCAGAAACCCCUUCCACUUUCCACACCCGUGCAUGGGCGACAGCAUUGGCAUACGUGGGAACGGCAGCGUCCACGACAGCACGGCAACUCUUGGUCCCUGCAUCCACUUCGGUGGAGCGCAAUUUUGGCUGGCCAACUUCCAUCCGUUCGAGGAAGCAUACCACAAGUUUCUCGAUAUCGUGGUCCAGCAUCCGUCCCCUGAGGACCGGGCUCUCUGCACCAGAGAAAGCCACGACGCGCUGGAUGCUGUCGGUGACUUCUCACUCGGCCGUGUCCGUGCCACUUCAGGCAUCGAUCUCAAGACGACUCGAAUCUCACACGAUCCGUACUGGGACGAUAGUCUGGUUGACCGUCCCCUCGUCAUAACGGACUGGGCGUUGAUCUCGGCUGCCCAGCCAACUCGCGGGGCCAACAUGCUGCGUCGCUUCCCUUCGGAUACGCAGCCACCUGCUCACGAGCCGCUGGUCAACUCCACGUCGGUCGAUGGCAGUCCCCGCGGCGUCAUUCCUGGCAGCAUGGUGGUUUCCAGCGGCCGGACGUCUGGAUACCAGCAUGGACAGAUAUGUGAAUGUCCGGCGUACGUCAGCCCCGAGUAUUACGGCACGGGCAAGCUCACGAGAGAGUGGUUUGUCGAGGAGCCUCCCGGAGACAACGAAGACGAGUGGAUCCGAGGUGGCAUUGGCGUCGAGGGCGACAGUGGUGGUGUCAUUGUCGACACUGAGACGAACUGCCUUGUCGGCCAACUCUGGGGUCGGAACCAGUACUGGGGCGCGGGCAUCCGUCAGACAUGGUUCACGCCGAUUGCGGACAUCUUCGACGACAUCCAGGAAAAGUGCGGGCUGGGCAGUCGACCACAGCUCCCACAGCAUCGCGACGAGGCGGACCGAUACGCCGUGUAUCCCUCGUGCCGACAGUGCUACGAUCUGCGAACGUAUCUGGACACGCGCAGGAGCUCAAGGGCUUCGUUCCAAAGCGUGGUCAUGUGUGUGGCCGAAGGCGAUCCAGAUCUGACGUCUGUUGAGGCGGAGGAGCUAGCUACGCCGCACGAGUACCGCGGCACCGGCGUGGAAGAGGUCGGGGCGUCGUUCCGCAACAUCGUGUCCGUCAUGUCCCCGACGGAGGCACGGCCAGGACCGAGCACGCCCACCUCGACGACGGCUUGGACCUCGGCCUAA